AUGAAAGAGAGGGCAAAGUCUGCCAAAACACUGAUCUGUUUGUUGCAGUCACUGAUUGGACACAAGACUCGCAUCGACUUAAGAAAUGACUGCCAUUUGGUUGGUGUCAUCUCCAGUGUGGACUCAUUCAUGAACACAGAGCUCACCCAUUGUCACCUUCGAGACCACGACCACCAACUCAUCCAAUCGUUUGACUACUACUUCCUCAAAGGCUCGCGAAUACGAAUGGUUCACAUCCCUGAAGACAUUGAUAUCAUUAAGAAUAUUGAGAACCAGUUGACUGUCAUUCAGUCGCGAAGGAAAGGCGUCCAGAGAUCCACUCAAAGAAGUACUCAAUCGACAAAUGAGUGA